AUGGCAAAAGUCAAACAGAAAGCCCGGAAAACAUCCGGGAAAGAAACCUCAACUCGCGCUGCGCAAGUGGCAAAAGACAGAAACAAGCACAGAGUGGUCGUUGAAACCACAUCAAAAGAUGAGAAGAAACUACGGAGUGUGAUUACGUUUCGUGCGGACCCUCCCCCAGGAUACACGUUCAUCCCAGCUGGCAAUCCCGAGCUCACCGCCGCUCUGAAAGAGUUCUCCCGACGCGAUGACCAGAAGAUCUUCGCAGUGACGACAACACCACAUGCAGCUCGUCAUGAACUGUCAAGGGAAGUACAUCGCAUUGGCUUUCAUUUUCCAACCAGCGUUGUUGCUCGAGUGUGUGCACAUUAUGGCAUUCGUCUUACUAGUGGAGGAAAAGUCAUAGAUGAGUCUAAAGAAGAUAAAGAGGACCGACUCUUUGCUCAAGUCUAUCAAAAUCAAAAUGGCCAGCGUCCACCGAAAGAAAAGAAAGACCAGGUAACCAUCAACACCGAGGCGAAGCAGACCAUCAAGGACCUGUUUCCAAAAAUCCCGGAUAACGACCUCUAUCAAAUCAUCAAAACCGCCUUCCAGCUGGGUGAUAACAAGGUUGGCACCGCGGAAGAAAUCCCUCUCGUCCGUAGGGCUCAGCUAUCUGUCGUGGCCCACAUCCGGCACUGCUAUACAAAGUAUGAUAAACUGCUGAGGCAGUUGCCAUAUAAUGAUGCCCGACAUGCUGUCGAGAAAGAGACUCUUGCUAAGCUGAUCGAAUGGCGAGGCGACGAUGAUGCCGCUGAUGAGAAGGCGCAGCGUGCUGCCAACGAUCUUCUCAGAGAGGUCAUUGUCAUCACUGAUGAAGAGGAAAGCGAGUCUGAUGAUGAAAAUGCUGAGCCGAUUGCCCAGGCCAACGUUAGAGUCGAGGAACUGCCCAGCAACGCUUACGACGAUGGUGCUGCUCGAGCGGCUUUACCUUUCCGUGACCCUCGUGGUGACCUGAUCCGUCAAGAGCAUAAGAUUCUAUCAACUGGGGUACGGCGGUACAAACCAAGCGACGACAUGAUCGCGCACCGAGAUCGCAGUCGAUAUGCUGUUUGGGACCAAGCCAGACGAGACUAUCGUUCUGGUGCAAAUCCAGCACCAGCCCCUGUGCUCGAAAGAGUUUAUGAGCCGAUUGACGUCCCAACGAGUCGUGUACUCAUCCCUCUUGAUCCACCGCCCCUGCCACCGACACAAGUUGUCCGUUCACAACCUUCCAUCCCUGCAGUGAGCAGAAUCGAAUACGAGCCUCAUUAUGUUCACCAACCCAGUCCUCGUACAUAUAUCAGAGAUGCUAAUGGCGUCUUGUACGAGCGAAUCGACACACGAUCACACGACACUAUUCCCGAACCGGUACAGCGACCUCUCGAGCGAGUACAGCCUACGAUGAUGCCUGCUGAACCUUUCCGAGUUCGGACACGACCUUCAUCACCUCAAGGUCCCACUUAUGAAGCGCGCCGACCAGGGGGAGAAUUUGAUGCUGGCAAUGGUACCAUUGUCCAGUCUAUCGAGGGUCCGGAUGGUGCCUAUUUGUCUUCCACGUCACGACAGAACCCUUUCCAAGGGCAUCCCGUUCGACGCGACACUAACGUAGUGCAUGAACCCACCCAGUCUUACAGAGAUGUCCCGGUGGUUGAUCUCACAAACAGCGACGAUCCGUCGUUGAGGAAACGCCGUCUUGAGGAAGUGUCGGCUCCGUCCGACUAUCGCAGCGCCCGAAGAGGAUCUCCGCCAAGAUAUCUUGAACGUUCCUACGUACCACUUUCUCAGCCCGGAUCUGCUUAUGACUCUCCUCGUGCUGUUGAAUAUGGUGAGCGAAGACCCAGUCCACAACUGCGACCAGCAGCACCCAUCGUGGAUACACGAAGGUAUGUUGAGCAUCGGCCUGCUUAUGAGGCACAUGAUGCCCCCAACACAAGUACAGCCAUUCGAAGCCAAAUGGACGGUGCCUACGACUUGCGUGAGCCAGCAAGAUUGCAGCCUCGCCCUGUCUCACAUGUUCAAGCUUCAAGGGGUCUUCCAGCUCCCGACAUAAAUAUGUCCAGGCAUGCCCCUGAGAACAGACCUGCAACUGUCUUGAGUCGUGUUUAUGAGCCUCUUCAUGAUAGUCGAGGGUACGACGAUCGGGUUAUGUUUGAUCAACCUGGGACUGCUCGUGAGCAAUACGUUCAAUAUCUGCCACAGGAUCCUCACGCACGGCAUGCUUAUGCUUCUCAUCCGGCUGCCCAGGAAUCAUUGCCAGGAUCAUUGAAUCAGCGUACUUACGAUUAUCAUGAUGCGCCAGCAAGCAAUGUUCGUCCGUACGCUCACGUUGCUCGUUGA